CAUGGUAAUGAUAUCUCAACUAAUUAGAGGUGGAGUGCGUGGUCAACAACUCUCACCCCUUUGUCACCAUAGAAACACUUGUUACAACUUAUUACGUGUCACAAUCUCGUUUCGAGUUGAUGAGUAUGCUCUAGUCCGUCAACUAAAGAAUGUGUUUGAAGUGAUUCGAGCUCUAAUCUUGUUUCGACCACAAUCCCACUUCGAGUUGAUGAGCAUGCUCUAGUCCGCCGAGUAAAGAAUGUAUUUGACGUGAUUCGAGCUCUAAUCUUGUUCGGCCUGUAGUUCAAGCCGGUGAGAAAGUGUCUUUACUACUACUAUGAACUUUUUAAUGAUGCAUGGGGCCAUUUUAGUUAAGAAUAGAAGUUAAAGGAUGUGCUUGUUAGUUUAUAGAAAGUAGAAAGGCCUAUUUGCCAUUUGAUACACAACCCUCCCGUCCAAAACUGGCCCGUCCGGCCGUCCCUUCCUUGAAGACUGAAACCCUAGCCCCCGCCUAAACAAAAUAACUGAAAGUAUCCAAUCUUGCUUCCAGUUCUCGAUUGCCAUGGCUUGCAAUUCCGGCAACUGCCAAUCCAAUUGUCACCAGAACGAGCAAGUAGCGGGGGAUGACUCGACUCCGACUCCCACCACUGGCAGCAACGAUGGCGGCCACCAACAGCAGCAGGGCGUGUGCUUGAAGUGCAAGGUCAGCCCACCAAUUUCCAGCGGCAGCGGCGGUGGCGGUACCGGCGACGAGGCGCGGUUCUGUGCUGACUGUUUCAGGGCUAAUCUGUUCGGCAAGUUCCGGCUUGCGGUUACUUCCCACGCCAUGAUCACUCCUUCAGAUAACGUGCUCGUUGCUUUCUCCGGCGGCGUUGCUUCCAGGGUAGCUCUGCAGUUUGUGCAUGAAAUGCAGCAGAGAGCUCAGAAAAACUAUGAAGCAAGUAAAGACAGGUCGUUGCCAGUCUUUGGCGUCGGAGUGGCAUUUGUUGACGAAAGUUCUGUUUGUUCAAUUUCUAAGGAUGGAGUUGAAGAAGCAAUUCAGGAGAUGAAAUCUACAGUGUCAAAAUUAGCUCCACCAGUAAAGCAGUUUCAUGUUGUUUCAUCAGCGAGCCUGUAUUCUUCAGGUUCGAGUGAUGAGAAAGACAGAUUGAAGAAGUUAAUAGGUGCUGUUGAUGAUGUCACUGGAAAAGAUGACCUUCUUAUGCAUUUGAGGAUGUGGGAAUUGCAGAAAGUUGCUUCUGAAAACGGAUACACAAAGCUUGUCCUGGGUCUGUGUACAUCAAGGAUUGCUUGCCAUGUUAUUGCUGCAACCGUGAAGGGUCAAGGAUAUUCUCUGUCAGCAGACAUACAAUACGUUGAUGCAAGAUGGGAAGUUCCCGUAGUUCUUCCACUUCGCGACUGUACCACACAGGAGCUCAACAUUCUGUGCCGUAUUGAUGGUCUAAAGCCUUCGCAGUUGGUUAAUGAUCACCCCUCGGGCAUCAAUGGUUUGAUUUCUUCAUUUGUACGCCUGCUGCAGGAAGAAAAUCCUUCUCGAGAGAGCACCAUUGUCCGGACAGCCGGAAAGCUUACUCCAUUUCAUUUCAAUAGAGUGCCUGAGAUCAAUGAUUCUAAUGUUCCUUUGGCAACCAUAAGGAGGCAGAAGAGAUACAAUCUCAAGCCACAGGAAUCCAUUUCCUCAGAAUCUUUUUGUCCUAUAUGCAAUAGUCCAGUUAUUGAUUCCAAUUCACCAAGUUGGGGCAGCCCGAAGACUUGCCAGUUCACAGAAUUUGCUUCAAGCUGCUGUUCGAGCUGUCAAUUUCAGAUACUGCCUCAGGAUCAGUUGUCAAUGCAAGAAUUCUACUCACUUUUACCAGAGAGACUAGUUGCCCGAUCUAAGCUUAAAGUCAAUGGUAACCUCGAUAUGCUAAGGGAGCAAAUUCAGGACUGUUUGUUAUCUGACAGUGAUGGCGAGACAUAAAACUCGAGUAACAGAAAGAUACUGUCUGGUAUUCUCUCCACUGCGAUGGAUCGUUUUCUGGCUCUCCCAAUAGGUUGUUUUUUUGCCAGAGAUGAUCUUACAUGGUGCUGCUCCCAGUUAUGAUCAUAUUAUACUUAUGUCGUCUGUCACCUCGAAUCUAUUAAAAGGAUGCAGCAAUGGCCAAAGCAAUGAAGGUACACCAUAACAACACUUGAUUAACAAUGAAGGCCAAGUUCAAAAGUUGAAAGUUUGUUUAGAUUCUAUUUUCGGCAGUCUGAUUCACCAUUUGUAAGCUUUAUAUAAUGAUUUUUCCCUCCAAAUUAUGAAAGGAAUGCAACUUUUCUUCUCAUUUGAUCCAGUUCGGUACGAGCCAGUAAAGUUGUAUGCAAUGUUUGUGAAUGAUUAGAGAUUAAAUCGACAAGAUUUCG